UACAAGCGCUGACAGUUCACUGCUCCUGCCUAACACUGAGCAGAGCUUCCGACCGCCCCAAGAUGGCGGCCCCAAAUCUCGUCACUGCCCAUUGGCGGUAGCGGUCGAUGCCGGGUCUUCUGAUAGUUUUACUCUUUCUAAAGUCUAUGGUAGGGACGCUCUAACGUCAGCCUGCCUCCUAAAGGAAAUACUCGGAAGUGAAAAAUCCUUCUCUGCUUACUUUUCGCUCUGACAAACAAGCCUGCGUUCCGAAAGUGAAACUCAUUCCAAUGAGCGGGAGGCUGCGUUCAAGACCAACAUGACAUAGUUUCUGACUGGUUUUAGUUUAAAGAAGAUCUUCAGACCAAGUUCUUUGAACCUCUGAAGAUCAUUUCUUUAUUUCGACGCUUUUCUCUCUGACACUCCGCCGUCGUCUGCAAUUUUUCAUUUUAGACAUUUGGCGUGUACAGAGGUCCAGGGAACAGGAUUGUUCAGAAGGAAGAGACCUGUAGGUCGGAGGAGAUGGACAGGCUGCUGCUGUCCCAGAUUGACGAGGAGCUGGCCUCCGUUGAGGUGGCGGAGCUGUGCUUCCUGUGUAGCGAUGUUCUCAACAGAAAGCGCCUGGAGGGGAUCAAGGAUGCAAAGGAGCUGUUUGUGAGACUGGAGGAGAAAGGUCUCCUGGAGAACAACUCCUUCCUCUCUCAGCUGCUCCACUCUAUCCGUCGAGCGGAUCUUCUCAACAUGCUGGAAAACGACGGCGGACAGGUGCAGGACACCGACGCUAGCCCUUUCCUGUCUGACUACAGGUUGAUGCUGUACAGAAUCCACGAGGAUUUGACCACAGAGAACUUGGACAAGAUGAAGUUUCUGCUCAAGGAUAAGCUGGCCAAACGACACCUGGACAUGAACAGCACAGCUUUGAACGUGUUUGCUGAAAUGGAGAAGGCCGGCCUCAUCUCUAACAAAAAUGUCGACGAACUCCACCUUCUCCUGCUGGAGUCUGAUCGAGAGCUGGCGAAGAUCGUGGAAGACUACAUGAAGAGUCUGAGGCUCAGUCCCACAGGCCGUCUGCGUGAACAAAGACAAGCUCCUCGUGCCAGCAGUGAUCUACAGAGGCCCAGCGACUACCGUCAGUCUGUACAGCCAUCUUUGUCCAUGUGUGAGACUGAGCCCUGCCUCCGUGCGGAAACCACUUACUCUGACAAUACGCGACAGGCAGCAUUAUCUGACGAGGAGGAGUACUACAUUCUGAACAGUCGUCCUCGAGGCUUGUGUGUGAUCUUCAACAAUGAGAACUUCAAGGGACCUAAACUCUCUCCUCGUGCUGGAUCACACGUAGAUAACGAAGCUCUGACAUCACUGUUCAAGCGCUUUGGCUUUAAGGUGGAAACCCACAAUGACCUGACUGCAAUGGAAAUGACUGAAACACUGCAAACAUUGAUCAGGAGGGAUUAUUCUAGAGAAGAUGCCUUGGUGGUGUGUAUUCUUACCCACGGAGAAAAGGGCAUUGUCUACGGCACUGAUGCGAAGGAAAUGAAGCUGGAGGCAAUAAUGCAGCCAUUCAACAACCGCGACAUGCCCACCUUGAAAGGGAAGCCCAAGCUCUUCUUCGUUCAAGCGUGUCAGGAAGAAAGGUCUCAGGAACCAGUCUGUCCAGGCCAAAGCCCAGAGGACGACGCCGAAAGCAGGACGUCCGAGCAGUUCUCUGAGGAUGCCUGUCGUCACGAGGAUCCCGAGGAUGAAGUGGCCACAGUUGAAGAUGUUCUAGGUUCAGACGUGUUGCUAGGCAUGGCCACAGUGACUAACCACAAGUCUUAUCGGCACACAGUCAAGGGCUCUUUGUACAUCCAGGAACUGUGCAAGCAGCUGCAAAAAGCUGCUGAAAGCCCUGACAACGACAACAUUCUCACUGUCCUAACGCGUGUCAACAGGGAGGUCAGCAACAAUCACUUGCCACCUAAAAGACAGAUGCCAGAGCCCAAAUACACUCUCACCAAGAGGCUCGUCCUCAGAUUUAUCUGAGCUGGAAGCAUGCGGAGCACGCUGCCACGCUGCGGGCUGCCAUUCCAUUGACCCAUAUGUAGAGGAUUCUACUUUAUAGUGUGUAUGGCUAUUUACUCUGAACAUUUCUCUGAAUUGGAUGAUUGUAGGCUUUAAAUAUUCAUCACUUAAAAGUAAACUGGCUCAAAGUUGUCUUAGGAAUACACAUCUUGAUAUUUUCUAUUACUAAUAAACAGUAAGAUUAUUAAA